GGCUAGACAUUUUAAUAAUCUAUUGACAAUUGUUAUGCAUGAAUAGUAAGAAUUACAAAUAACAUCCAACAAUAGAGACCUCAGUAACCUCAACAUAUAUGUCAUGGAAACACUGAGGUUUUUUCUCCCAAAUCAAUCUCGUGGUUCAUAUUUAUCACUUAAUUGUUCUGCUGUAUAGAGAACACCUUGAAUAGAGUAAGACAAUUAUUACUAAUGAACAAAUAGACCCUGCUCUUAAAAAACGUAAUAUAUAACACAUUUCAUUAAAUACAUAAUUUAAUAUUGAGAAUAUAAUAUUGUUUUCGUGUAAAUCCUUUUCGAGCAAAUUAAUUCAUACGUCUACAUGUACUUUAUUUCGAAAAUCAUGUCGAUUUUUAUUCACCAAUAUCUAUUAAUUCACAAUUCAGAGAAUGUUUUCUGAUUUUGAAAGUAAGUGCACAUCGUGAGAAAUUUAGGGCGUUUACUCACAAAAAAAAAUGAAAAUUUUUAGGGUAGGCUUUUGGUAUAUUACACAGGAAGUUUUAAAUUCUCACAGUGAUGGCCUAGAAAUAUGCCCGACAAAGAAUCUUCUGUAGUAGGAUAAUCUGAAAAAGACUCAUCCAGAAUUACCACGAAAAUAAGUUAAUUAUGGUAUGUAAUCAUAUAGCAAUUAGAUUAACAAAGAUAGGACAAUUCUCUUUGUAAAUGGUUGCAAUUAUGAGCUAGUGAGACUUGUAUAGAUGUGGAAAGGCCCACUUUACCCAUACCAGCAAAAAAAUCACAACCUCUAUCGAACACAUUUGUCACCAGACCAUUUCCGCCAUGAUUCUCACUGUAACACAGUUAUAGUGUUGACUAGAAACAUGCAAUCUAAAGCAUUUGAAACAAAGUUUAAAUACACUAUAAAAGCAAGAAAUAAACUACACAACCUAGAAAAUAUUUAAUUAGGAAAACGGAUAGGAUAGUACUUCAGUAUCUUGUGAGUUAUUACGAUCACAUAGCAAAACAAUACAUAGUUAUGGUAACAUAUAAUCAAUUGAUAGUCCAGCCCAAAUUAGGGUGACGUAUUUAACUAAAGUACUUUGACAUAUAAAACAAACUAAAAUAGCACGUUUUAGGUUAAUUAACAUGUAUAGCUUAUGACAAAGUGUCUGAUCAGAUAUAGAACAGUAUUGUUUAAUGCAACUUAAUAACACUGGCGAAGUAAUGAAUAAAAAAAGUCCCAUUUUAGUUUCAAGUAAUCUCCCUUUAGUUUCGAGUAACCUCCCUUUAGUUUAGAGUAAUCUCCCUUUAGUUUAGAUUAAUCUCCCUUCCGUAAAGAGUAAUUCCCAUUCAGUAUAGAGUAUCCAGUUAAGUGAAUUCACCAACAGUGCAUAAACUUAAAUUAACAGCUUUACUUUGUUUUACUCACAGAAACAAACGUUUUGGUGAUUUUCUAAACGAUUUUUGUCAAUAUCUAAAUGGUACUAGGGGUAUAUAUAUUGCUAAGAUAAACUUACAUUAGCAUAUAAAGAACAAAAUAUCACUAGUAGAUCUACUAAUAGAUUUUAUUUAGCAUGUGAAAUUAUUAACAGUAAAACUAAAAUGUAAAACAUGAAAUGGAUUUGGCGGGAUAUCAACCUUCAACUACUCUUAGACUAGUUAAAUACAACGAAACAAAAAAAGGCAAAUUUGGAAGCAAUAAACCUGACAAAGCAGCUAUAAGAAGCACAACUAAUGCAUGAACACAUAGCUCACUGUAUAAGCAUACAAGUAUAGAACACAAUACAGUACCAAAGCAAUUAAAACCACCCAAAACAACACCCACCAUCACAAUCACAGUCCCUGGAACAUUCCACCCCAAACAACACCCAUCAUCACAAUCACAGUCCCUGGGACAUUCCACUCCAAACAACACCCAUCAUCACAAUCACAGUCCCUGGGACAUUCCACUCCAAACAACACCCAUCAUCACAAUCACAGUCCCUGGAACAUUCGACUCCAAAAGCAAGAAUCAAAAGUGACAAUGAAUAUAACACACAAAUAACUGUUCUUUGUCUAGUAUAAAAAGCAGUCCCUUUUGUAGGUAUCAAACAACCUGUACCAAAGCAAAAGAAAAAGCAGAUGAGGUGUGAACAGGAGGAUUCUUGAGUGUCUGAAAUAGGAUGGUGUGUAGCACCAAGGGAUGUUAGUACCAUGAUCGCAGGAAUGACAGUUGUAGCAAUGUAUCUACCAGGGGAUGUUAGUACCAUGAUGAUGACAGUUGUAGCAAUGUGUCUACCAGGGGAUGUUAGUACCAUGAUGAUGACAGUUGUAGCAAUGUAUCUACCAGGGGAUGUUAGUACCAUGAUGACAGUUGUAGCAAUGUGUCUACCAGGGGAUGUUAGUACCAUGAUGACAGUUGUAGCAAUGUGUCUACCAGGGGAUGUUAGUACCAUGAUGAUGACAGUUGUAGCAAUGUGUCUACCAGGGGAUGUUAGUACCAUGAUGAUGACAGUUGUAGCAAUGUAUCUACCAGGGGAUGUUAGUACCAUGAUCGCAGGGAUGACAGUUGUAGCAAUGUAUCUACCAGGGGAUGUUAGUACCAUGAUGAUGACAGUUGUAGAAAUGUGUCUACCAGGGGAUGUUAGUACCAUGAUCGCAGGGAUGACAGUUGUAGAAAUGUGUCUACCAGGGGAUGUUAGUACCAUGAUCGCAGGGAUGACAGUUGUAGCAAUGUAUCUACCAGGGGAUGUUGGUACCAUGAUGAUGACAGUUGUAGAAAUGUAUCUACCAGGGGAUGUUGGUACCAUGAUGAUGACAGUUGUAGAAAUGUGUCUACCAGGGGAUGUUAGUACCAUGAUGAUGACAGUUGUAGAAAUGUGUCUACCAGGGGAUGUUAGUACCAUGAUGAUGACAGUUGUAGAAAUGUAUCUACCAGGGGAUGUAUGUACCAUGAUGAUGACAGUUGUAGAAAUAUGUCUACCAGGGGAUGUUAGUACCAUGAUGAUGACAGUUGUAGAAAUGUAUCUACCAGGGGAUGUAUGUACCAUGAUGAUGACAGUUGUAGAAAUAUGUCUACCAGAGGAUGUUAGUACCAUGAUGAUGACAGUUGUAGAAAUGUAUCUACCAGGGGAUGUAUGUACCAUGAUGAUGACAGUUGUAGCAAUGUGUCUACCAGGGGAUGUUAGUACCAUGAUGAUGACAGUUGUAGAAAUGUGUCUACCAGGGGAUGUUAGUACCAUGAUGAUGACAGUUGUAGCAAUGUAUCUACCAGGGGAUGUUAGUACCAUGAUGAUGACAGUUGUAGCAAUGUAUCUACCAGGGGAUGUUAGUACCAUGAUAAUGACAGUUGUAGAAAUGUAUCUACCAGGGGAUGUUAGUACCAUGAUAAUGACAGUUGUAGAAAUGUAUCUACCAGGGGAUGUUAGUACCAUGAUAAUGACAGUUGUAGAAAUAUGUCUACCAGGGGAUGUUAGUACCAUGAUAAUGACAGUUGUAGAAAUGUAUCUACCAGGGGAUGUUAGUACCAUGAUGAUGACAGUUGUAGAAAUAUGUCUACCAGGGGAUGUUAGUACCAUGAUGAUGACAGUUGUAGAAAUGUGUCUACCAGGGGAUGUUAGUACCAUGAUGAUGACAGUUGUAGCAAUGUAUCUACCAGGGGAUGUUAGUACCAUGAUCGCAGGAAUGACUGACCAAGGGAUACUUGUGCGAAAGUAUAAACAAUGA